UCAAGUACAGCCAACAGUUUACAAAACACCACCAAGAACUUGAAACCAAACGAUAAUCAAAUCAUAUGUGUACUUGAUCUUGGAAAUGAUAGAGUUAUGGGGACAUUCAAACCACCCGGAGGAAUCUCACAACUUUCUUUAUCUCCUUAUGAUUUACAAUUGGUUCAUGCAAAUGCAAGAGGGGAUUCCUUGUACAUGUGGGAUUUGUAUCGAUUACCGGUGGAAAUAUCACUUAUUGGUAAAUUCCUGAGAGGUAAGACGUCAGCGAUUAUCGAAGAGAUAUUCUGGUUUAUUAACAAUUACGAGAAUAAACGGGAUGAAGGUGAAGUGUUUGGGAAUAACUCUGGGUUUGGGUGUAUUUCUAAAUCAACGGGUUCUUUGCAUUGGUUCAAUAUAAACUAUUUGGCGGGAAGUUAUAAUAAUAACCGACCUAACAGUUUCAAAAAGACAUCUUUUGCACCGGGAAAAUUCAUGGAUUCGUGGAUAUUAUCGUCUUUGAAGGCGAAGCAGUUUGUUUCUAUACCUACAAAUCAAUGCAGUAAUCUCAAUCAAUUGGCCAUCAUUGAUGAAAACUUGGUCUUAAAAUUGAUAAGUCCUUUGAAUGGUCAUCAUUUCUACCAAUUCCAAUUAUCUAAAGUACCCGUGGAUAGUCAAUUUGUUCCCAAGACGAGUUCAAUAGAAAAACCCCAUAUACCAAGUAGCCCCUAUGUUAAUCCUUUAUCCCAAGCUGAAAUUGAAACAUGUGCUCCAUUUUUGAACUUGAUAAAUAAUCCACGUAUAGAAUUUGCAACUUUUGAAGAUGACAAUUUAGAGGAAAUCUUUUCCGAGUUUGGCAAUAUGGUUCCUGAACAGGUGAUUACAUUCAGGUCUAAACCAAAAUAUAGAACUUUAAAGCCAAAGGAUAUCAAGGAUAAUGAUCUACCUUCCGUAGAUACAUUGUUCAUUGACCAAGAUGAAGCCAGCGAUGAUUCCAAAGAUGAUUCCUGGACAGGCUAAUCGCUCUUACAAUAGUCACUUUGCUAAAAUUGCUUAAACGUCGACCACACUUAGAUUCUUUAGUAUAUAUUAUUCUCACCUAUAUAACAAAUCAAAGAAACACAAUUCUAUAACCGAAAACAUAUUCAUUAAAUGGCAAAAAUUACACAUGAUAAGAGUAACAAAAGAAAAGAACAUUGCCACCCCCUACUCUGCUUAUCAAAAGCAGAUAUCCCAGGGGAACUAUUUCGUACACGUAAAAAUAUUUCAACAUCGUCAAAAACCGUCAAAUCAAUUAAAAGAUCAAUCUAAUCAAUUCUAAAAUGGCACCACCGCAUACUAAGAACAACAAUACAAACAACCAUGUUUUAGAAACGGCAAAUCCUUCUUCAGGUGCGUCUGGCUUCGGUUUACCCCAUUGUUUAACGUUUUUCUUUUCAAACUUAGCGUUUGCUGCUCUUUGUUUUGGAGUUUGUAAGGCCAUGAUGUAUUCUGUUAUUGGAUGGAUGAAGCACUACCGGGGGUAUAUGAAACUAUCUAAAAAAGACAGGGGGAGGUAAAGGUAGUGAU